AGAAUUCAGAACUCAGAACUUCAGAACGCAGAACUUCAGAACACCUUGAGAUGAAGAUGAAGUCUACAUUUGUGGUCAUUGCUGCUCUUCUAUUCGCAGCCCUGCUCUCACAGACACAUGGCCAGUUGGGUGCCAACCGACCAACUGAGUGCUGUUUUUCCCACUCUCAAAAACAAAUUCCAAAAAAAUAUUUAAAUUACUAUAAGGAGACUCGAUCAGACUGUUCAAUGCCUGGAUUGAUAUUUGUCUUGAAAGGAGGCAUAAAGAUUUGUGCCAAUCCCAACCAUAGAUGGGUUCAAGAUCGUAUUAAAUUCCUUGAUGAACAGUUUAUGAAUAAUAAAAUGAAGGCACAAGAGAAGAAAUAAAGGGGCAUGUUUUCAAAUCUUUCGCUCCACUCUUUUCAAAUGUUCAAACUAUCCUUCAAUGAAAGGUUUGCAGCUAAAUAGAUUUGAAAAGCCAAAACUGUGGACAGAUUCUUUGCAUGUAUAUUUACUUUAUACCCUAUACUGAUUUUCCAUGACCAAUAUAAUAUGUCAAGCAUUUUUUAUUGUAAAAUUGCGGCGAAUGGAUUAUUAAAAUGUACUUUUGUGAUAA